AUGCCUGCUCAGGUCGGUGUCAGGACACGAGCCCGAGCCGCAUUAGCCAUGGAACCUGACACUUCAGCUCAACCAACGCCCAAGAGAAAGACCAUCAACCACACCAACCAAGACCCUCCAAAAUCCUCCAAGUCUCCCAGAACCACUUCUUCUUCCCUUCUCAAACAGCCCACGCUCCCCGAGAUCAACCAACGCUGUCUCAGCCCUACCUCCACUGAAGUUCCUGCCUCUUGCUGCUCCAGCAAUGGAUCCACUACCCUCGAUGAUGACAGGAUCAAACUCUCAGAUCUGGAGGUGGAGAGCCCGCAAGUUGAAACGUCGACGUGCAAUGGCGCUGCACAAAUUCAGAGGAAAGAGAUGAACCGUUCCAGCGAGCUUCUUGAAAAUUCGGAGGAGCCGGAGUCAAUGGAGAUCAAUUCUCGCCGUGCCUCGUCAAAGGCGCCAACCAUGCCAACCGAGUUGGAACUGGAAGAAUUCUUCGCUACCGCCGAGAAAGACAUUCAGAAACGAUUUCAAGACAAGUACAAUUAUGAUGUUGUUAAGGAUGUGCCACUGGAAGGACGCUACCAGUGGGUUCAGUUGAAGCCAUGA